AUGCCGAACCACGUCCACCGCCACCAUGCCGACUCCGCUGCCACUGCCGGGCCACCUCCUUCCAAACCAAACCCUAAGCUCCUCUCCUUCUUCUUCCUCCAAGCCAUCAUCAUGACCGCUGUCAUCUCCCUUUUCUUCCUCUUUGUCGGCGUAGCCGCCAUACUCCUCCUCCACAUCUGUUUCGCCGGCGGCGUCUUCCAUCACCGACGCCGCCGCAGCACUUGCCUUCCAAAUUCCGGCUACUCUGCGGAAGACCUACAGAAGCUUCCCCGAUUCCGGUUCGAUCGCGUGGAAGCAGAAACAGCGAGAGAAUGCGUGGUGUGUUUGGAGGCGUUGAGGGAAGGGGAGUGGUGCCGAAGCCUUCCAGACUGUGAUCACAUCUUCCAUUCCAAUUGCGUCGAUAAAUGGCUGAUAAAAGUGCUGGCUUGCCCCACUUGUCGUGCUCCGGUUCGGUUCAACAGCGGCUCAGCCGGUUUGGAGAACAGGGGGCUGAAGGAAUGGUAG